ACAACAACAAAAAGAGGAUUCGCCAAUGGACAAAGAAGCAACCGGUGCCGUACAGACAAUGGACGAGCACGAUGGAGUAAAAAAUGGACCAUCACCAUUCGUUCCACCGGUUCAGGAACGACCACAGCCUGUGUAUGAGAGAAAAGUGUACGAUCGGAGCAGAGCGUCGUUCCCACCACCUCCCCCAGACUACGAGACGGCCAUUACAAGGUGCGUAAGGUUAGAUCCCAACCCCGCAGGGUUUGUUUUAAUGCCGAGGUUACCUGUGGGGUAUAGUCCGGUGGGGCCAGGGCAGGGGUACCCGGGGGACUUCUCCCAACAUGGCGGCGUCCAUCCACCACAUCCAAGUAACGGCUUCGCGCCACACGACGGGCAUUUUCAGCAGGAAUCAGGGCAUGACUUAAUGCAAGACGCCCCGUUUGAACAGGAGUUAUACCGCCAUGAGCCCGGAUUUGAACAGUUUAGCUCCUUGCCUCCUUACUCUCACGAACCAGGCUCAGAAGAAGUAGGUUACCCCUCACACGAAGACCGACAUUUUGACAACUUUCACAGUAGACAGCCCUCAUUACGGUAGUGCAGAGAACAUACUAGACAUGCAUGAUCCGCCCGUCCCUCUGUCAGAGAUGUCCCCUCAGCUAUCCAACUCUGCAAUGGACAUUACAGAACACGGUCGCAAUGCCAGGUCUACGGAUAGAAAGUCCGCAUUAGCAGGGUUCCUAAACCGCAGAAAGAACUUGUCAGGGUCUUGGGGUUCCCGCGCCAGGCAGCCUAGACAGUCGGCCAGCAGCGUGUUUGCUGGUUCAGCCGAAUCCUUACCCGACCCACAAGAAGACACGUCACUAAGAACAAUGUCCCUAGAUCGAUUGAACAGACAGAAACCGACAUCUAAGAGAACCUACGGUAUAAGGUCGUCCUCGCUUGAUAGAAUGCUAGAUGAGGAUGGAAACGAUUUAGGUGACACAGAUGAGGCAGCACAAGAAGAGGAGACACCACUCAGGACCGCAUCACUUGAUAGACUAGAUAGGCAAAGAACACCACAGUCUAGAAGAACGUAUGGUUUCAAGUCAACAUCACUUCAGCAGCCUUCAGAUAACGAUCCAGGUAGCUUUGAUGAAAACGGCGAACAAAUCCCCGAGGAAAACAAUGCAGAUAAAACUCCACAGAGAACUGGUGGUUCACUAGAUCGACUAAACAGGCAGGGGUCAGCGUACGACAGAGCGAACAGAGUCAAGGCAGCGUCUCUGGAAGAAUUUAGACAGAGUCUGAGGUCGCUGACUUUGAAGAAACCAACUGGUAGAGAAGAGGAUCAGCAACAAGAACAGGAGCAUGCAGAGCAUCAUGAAGAAAGGCAGGUAACAACAUCGGAACCGACGCAGAAAACACCUGUUAGGAAAAACCUGACGCCAUUUAUCAAGUUCUCACCUGCGUUCCUCGAACAGGAACGUAGCAAACAGGUGAUGCCACCGAGCCCAACUCCCGCUAUGACAGUAACGGACGGACAACAGAGCAGACUGGACGAUGCACGACAGAGGGCAAACCAACUUGAAGAACUCCUGAAGUCGAAACGACAGAAGAUGGAAGAAGCAAAGAAACAGGUGCGCAAGAUUCAUCGAAAUCUCGAAGACGAACUGACAAAGCAAGAGCAAACAGUCACAAAUGGGAGUAGCCGUGAGGAUGAAUCAGUUGUGAUUGAUUUCUCAAAGUCUAAAGGUGGAGACAAGAGUAGCAAACCGUUGGAGGAAACCACAAGAGAAAACGGCUGGUCUACGGCAGAGUUUGGGCGUGAUUCUGCCUCAAAGACAUCAAAUCAUGAAGAAACAGAAAACAAGAAAGGAGCGAGCGAUGAUCAGUCCACAAAAGUAGGUAGCGAAGAAGAGGAAACGUUUAAUGACGCCAAGAAACUUCUAUUGAGGACGGAAGGAAGCCAUCGGGACCAGCCAAUUGCUCCCAGCUUCAUCUCUUUCGAAGGAGGAGACGAUGGCGUCGAUGGCCCCGUCACUCCUCCCCCUUUAUCCAGGAACGACCCCCUCCCUGAGCUUCUGGCUCCCCCAAACGACUUCAACCCAGGCAACCCCUUUGAUCUCUUCCUGGACUCCCUCGGUCUGCCAGUGAUGCAGGAGGAGUGGAUAGAGGAAAGGCGUCCUUCUCUCAGCACCAUCUACGAGGAGGACGAACCGUUGAGUGACUCGACUGCUAACAGCAGCGUCAUCGACCUAACGGUGGAGGAGGGCUCAAUCGUAGGAGAAGAUUCAAAGGAUGAAAGAGGGGUGGAGGAAGAAGAUAGAGAUGAGAAGAAAGCACUGAAUGCGCAGGAGGCGGAAGUAAAGCAAAAGGUUGAGGAUAGUCAUAUCGAGGAAAGGCUUGAAAGUGAUGAGAAAGAGAAGUUGGAGGAUGAUAUGAGGAAAGAGGAUGCCGGUUUGGAAGAUGUGAAACAAGUUACCGAGACAGAGGGGAAAGUGGAAGAAGUUCAUCCAAAAGAAGAGGACAUAGUUGAAGAAAAAGAAGAGAAAUUGGAGGAAGAGACAGGGGUAGAAAAAGUAAAUGUAUGGCCCGAGCCACAAGACAUGACAGGAAGCACACAGAAAGCUCAAGAAGACGUUUCUGACAAGGACAAAAAGAUGGAGGAAACUAAAACUGAUGUCACAGAUGGGGAACAGGAUUCGGCAAUGAAAGAAACUGUCAAUAACAUUACAGAUCACGAGAACGAUAGCCUAAAUCACGUUGAAGAGAAAGACGAAGGAAACGACGAAAUCACGCCGUUGGCAGUGAAGGAUGACAUCCCUGAAAAAGUCAAAGAGUUGAACAAUGCCAUUGAAGAGAAAGAUGGGGUUAAAGACAAGACAAAGGAAGAGUCAGAGGAUACAAAGGUAGGAGGACUAGAUGUGCAGAAGACAUCAGAAGUCACAGAAGAGAAAGCAUUAUCUUCCAACAAUAUGGCAGAGGAGAAAAGGCCACAGCUGAUUGAGAAAGAAACCCACGCUGAAGAGAACAAAGAAAUCGUUGGAGAGGAAGCCAAGAAAGAGGUGGCAAAUACGCAUAAGGAAGAUAUAAAAGAGGAGGAUACAGAUGCAACAGAGACGACUGUUAAGAGCCAUGAUGAUGUGGGGCAGCAAAGCAAAGAAACGUCUGAAAACGAAGACAAACAGAAGGUAGAAGAAAUCCCCAAGGUACAGGAAGACACUUCGUCCAUCCACACAGAAGAGAUAUCAAAAGAAAAGACCAAUAGUGUCUUUGAGAAGACCCAAGAUUCCAGCAUCCAAAAAGAAAAUGAUGACAUCGCCAAUAAGUCAGAGGCUGUGGUGAAGGAAAAUCCCAAGAAAAUGCCUGUUGUUGAAAUCACGGUGAACCUAAAAGCCAGCGAGAUCGGCCCAGAUCUGCUAAAUGAGCUGGUGGCAGCUAAGUCACCUACCAGUGUCGCCCCACCUCCACCAAAUGUGUCCAAAAGCCCCAAAGUCAGCAAAAAGACGUACAAAGACAAGACCAAGGCGACGACAAUAAGCUCAAAGGAAAAGGACAAGUCGAAAAAGAACAAGAACUUCAUGGAAGAGAUCAACGCCUUGCUGGAACAGACCGAGUCCACCAUGGUGAGAAGGAGCACAGAGAUCACAAGUGUCUCUGAGGAUCUACAGAAUACUGCCAAGACACUCUUUAACUUGGAAGUAGAAGAAACAGUGUUUACUACAAGCCCGAACACAACUGGCAGCUCGCAUGAUCUAAGCGGCAGCGUAUCAUCUCUAGACUCGACAACUGAAGACGACAAAGGCCAGACUUCCGUGACGAGUCCGGAACGGCAUCCUGUCAAAGGUCCGGAACUCCAGUCGUCCGUCACAACUCCGGAACGUCAAAGUGAUUCCGGAAACGGAUCUCUCAACGACAGUCCGUUUUCCGUUAGAACAGAGACUCUUGACAAGUCUCCGUCUCCUGUCGAGCCUCUAGAGGAAGAUAUAAAGAAGACAAAGCAGGAGGCUGAAGAGGAGCAGAAAAAACAAGAACCUGCUAAGGAACAAAUUGAAGAAGCCAUGGAAACAGAAAAAGAAGCGACUGAUGUAUCCGAGAAGGAUAAUAGUGAAGAUAGAGUGAGUAAAUCGUCUGCAAUGGAAUUUUUGCACCAGAAGAAAGACACAGAAAAAGAAACAAGCAUCGAAUCCCAAGACACCAACCAUAAUGACACAGAGCAAAACGAUUCUGACACAGCGAAAAAGUCAAACAAGCCUUCCGAGAGAGAAGAAAGUCCAAGUCAGAAAUUGGACACUGACAAAGACAUAACUAUAACGUCUAAGCAGGUCAAUCUUCAAGACAACCUGAAACAGGACGAACCGGAAACGAAGAGCGAUGAAAGCAAGUCAUCUCUAGAAAAGGAAAAUCCAACUCAGAAACUAGAAACAGACGACGAUAUAACCACGAAAUCAGAGGAAAGCAACCUUGAACAAGAUAGAAUUCAAGAAGAGCCUGAAAUGAUGAGAAAUGAAACCAGGCCACCUUCAGAGUUGAAAACAAAGCCAGAAAUAACGAAAGAGGCAGAGAAGUCAGCCUAUGAUUCACCCAAACCAUCAGAAAAGCACGUCGUUGAACAUCACUCCAUUCCAAACGGGAAGGUUUCCUCAGAAAGUACAGAACAAGAGAGAAGGCACACGAGCACAAGCCGCGUUGAGAUGAACGUCAUUCUUGUGCAGGACAAGGAAGCAAAAGCAGUCUCCGAGGAAACCACCACCGACAAAAACGAGCGAGAGAGGCGAGAGCCUGAUAUAAUCAGCGAUAUGCCUAAAGUAGCACGUUCUGUGGAGCUGUUCGAAUCGUUGCUGAAGUCAGACAACCACAAUAAAAAAGACAGAGUAACAAUGGCUCCCAUCCCCUCAAAUAUACCAGUAAGAGAUGAAGAAGUAGACGCCACUACUAAAGAUGAAGUACAGCUAGAAGCAAAGACGGAACAGAAACAAACAACAGUCGAACCUGAGUCUCAGAAAGACGACAAGCAAGAAAUCUCCAAUACCCAACUUCCAGUCCCAGUCGACGAAGAAGGGGAGGUCAUAGAAGGCAUCUACACAGCCAGCCUCGUGUAUGUUGGCGGCAGCAGCUUUGAAGAGAGUGGGGGCCUCUCUCCUAGAAAUCUCCAAACCAGCGAGUCCUUUGCUGAAGACGACAAUAUUCCAGUGUUCUCUCCAACGGAUAAAAGCACUCCCGCCAGAGACGGCAUCUUUAAAGCCCAGCUGGUCCAAGUGAACAGCUUAAGCUUUGAGGAGGACCCGGAAGAAUCCAUCGGCUCUGAAGACUCCAGCAAUGCGAGCGUCACGUCUUCUUCACCGUCUUACGAGCUGGUUCGAGACGAGAAGGGAUGGAAGGGCAAGCCGAGGCACAGCACACCGACAGGCCAGGAGGACUCCACCUCCCCCGGGCCGGAGGACAGCAGCCUGCGCAGAGGCAGAAGCAUGCGGCGGCGCAGCCAGAGGAAAAGCUUCGAGGGGAGUCUCUGGGACGACGAGGACUUUAAACACAAGGUUAGUAGUACCUCCUACUUUGACAAACACUCUAGAAAGCCUUGUAGAUGGAAGAAUCUCUUGGCCAAGUUUUCACACUCCUUAGCCCUAGGCCCCAUUUUCACAGGAACCAAGACCUAG